AAGGUAGCGGCGGGAAUGUCGGGUUGCCCAAGCCCGCAGCGGGGGGUGCUGCAGAAAGCGCUCGAAGCGGCACACGCGGCCCAGCGCGGAAAUCGCAGGGUCAUGGCUCCCCUCCCCCUCCCCACCCCGAUACCCGCACUGGGACCCAAAACCGGGUCCGCCGCUGCGGCGGUCCCCGCUCCUCGUCCCCUUCCCUCGGACGCCCCGUCCGUUUGCCCGGACAUCCCCCCCCACCCCCAGCCCCUCGUGGCCUUACGCCACGCAGCCCCCCCCCCCCCCCGCCAGGCUCCGCGCACCCCUUCCCCCCCCUCCUUUGCAACCCCCCCCCCACCCGCCGCGGAUCCCGGCACGCCCCGCGCGGCGGAGGGGCGGGGUCCGCCGUGGCGGUGCGGGGAGGCGAGGCGGAGGCUGCGCGCAUGCGUGAGGGCCUCGCCCCUCUCGCCCCCUCCCCCGCCUCGCGCUGUGCGCCGGCGCAGUGCGGCGCGACUCGUGCGAGGGGAAGGGCGAGUCGCGGCUGUCGGAGCAAGGGGGGCAUCCGCGGCGCUCCGCGCCUCCUCCGCCGCCAUGGCGGGCGCGGCACCGGCACCAGCAUCCGCACCCGUCGCGGCGGCUGAGAAAGUGGAGACCUCGGCGGCAUCGGUCGAGCGACCGUCACUUUCGACGGCAGCGCUGGCGAAGAUGGAACGGAACCGGCAACGAGCGCUGGCACUGCGGCAGGCGCGGCUGGCGGCUCGGCCCUAUCCUGCCGCAGGCGGCCAGCGGGUGAGGGCCCCCGCCAAGGUCGUCGAUACGGGAGGGGGCUUCUUCCUGGAGGAGGAGGAGGAGGAGGAGGAGCUGGAGGAAGGGCCCGGCGGCGGCGCCGGGAAAAUCGUGCAUCCCCCCGCACCUGUACUAGAAUUUGACUAUCUUAUCUGUGGAGACUGUGGCAAAGAAUUCAUGGAUUCGUACCUUAUGCAGCACUUUGAUUGGGCAACAUGUGAUAAUUGCAGAGACACUGAAGAUAAGCACAGGCUUAUAACAAGGACAGAAGCAAAAGAAGAGUAUCUUCUUAAAGACUGUGAUUUGGAUAAGAGGGAACCAGUGCUCAGAUUCAUUGUGAAGAAAAACCCUCAUAAUUCACGAUGGGGUGACAUGAAACUUUAUUUAAAACCACAGGUAAUCAAGCGUUCCCUUGAAGUCUGGGGUAGUGAAGAAUCAUUGCAAGAAGCAAAGGAACUGCGCCGUGGCAACAGAGAGAAGAUGAAACAGAAGAAGUUUGAUAAGAAAGUUAAAGAACUCCGCCGUGCAGUGAGGAGUAGUCUGUGGAAGAAAAAAGCCAGCAUCCACGAACAUGAGUAUGGACCAGAAGAAAACAUUGACGAAUCUACCUAUAAAAAGACAUGUACUGCAUGUGGCCAUGAAUUAACUUACGAGAAGAUGUAGUGAUAAUCAUUCCCCCCCACCAAUUAUCUUUUUAAUUGUAUUUUGUAUCGAAGUCAAAUAAAUGCUGAUCAUGAACAA